AUGAGCAGUGACUUAAGUGACGAGGACGGUUCAAGCAGGUCAAACAGACGCAAGGAGAAGACUAUAGAGCUGAUCGAGGUGGACGGCAAGAGAGUGAGCAAGACAUCGACCGGGAAGCGGAAGUUUCACAAGAAAUCGAAGAACGGUUGCGACAAUUGCAAACGGCGCAGGGUUAAAUGUGAUGAGGCAAAGCCCGCGUGCCAAAAAUGUCUUGCGAUGAAGCUGGACUGUAUUUACACUCCGGUAACUACUCGCAAGCGCAAGAACAGCGGUAGCUUGCUUAACGCCAGAUCUGUCGCGUCCCGGCGUGAAGAUCUAUCCGAACGUCUCGAUUCGUCCGACGGGGAAAACGAUGACUUGUUGCAAGCGAAAGAACCUUCUUCUGUCAACGGUAGCAGAAAGCCCAGCAAUGCUGCCGGUGACCCUCGAAGGCACUCCCAACUCCCAACGCCGGUUGCUGGUCAACUCGGUUCCCCCGAUAACUUGUUGCUUCCGCCUCUAUUUCCAGGCGAGAAUAUGCAAUUACAACAACAAAUACAACAGCAACCGCAGCUGCUUCCGCAGCUGAUGACUUUGAGUAAUUCGGAAAAAUUUGCCGGAUUUGACUUCCCUAACAGCCCUCCAUUCCAAUCUACCUCUAUGAACUUAACGAAUAGCAUAGGCAGCAUUUUUGCAGCCAACAAACUCCCAACUAACGUACUUAACAAUGUCAUGAACCAACAGCAGCAGCAACAGCAGCGGCUGUCGUCUCCGCAUAAAUCACAUCACCACAGUCAACAACAUCAACACCCACAAGCAUCUCCGCUGUCUUCGAUACUGCAAUCACAAGAGAUGGUGCAGACUCUAAGUAAAGCCGGCGUCAGCUUUAAACAAAUGGCUAUGUUUUCUACUGCUGGAAUUGGCGGUGUUACAUAUGACUUCCAAGAACUUCUGGGCAUGAAAGCUAACGGUGCUGGUGAUGGCCAAGGAAAAAGUGCUACGGCCACCGCUGAAGAAGUACUAGCUAAAAUGCAGCAUCAGCAUCAGCAAAGCAUAAAUCGACCUGGGUCGCAAAAUAUGCCAGAAGACCAAAAUGGCAAUACGCAUCGUGCUAGCACAUCCAAUCUCGAUCCGAAUGGUACUCCAAGCCUCGCAAACAAUCCCACAAUAUCUCCAGCAGCACCCAUGUCGCCAAUGGCUAAAGCCGUGAAUCCACAUAUAGCGCCAGAUGGUGAUAGCGAGUAUUACGAUGAGAAACCCACCUCAGCCCAAAAUCCUGUUCUGACCAGCAAGAUGAUGGAUAAGUCUAACACCCAAGAAUCGACGUCAACAGAGGACUCUCAGCCAGGAACAAUGGCUAGGUUGAUUCAACUGUCAAAUCAGGGAACCUUGAAUCUAGUUGAUCUGAAGCUUUUUCAUCAUUAUUGCACAGAGACGUGGCCUACCAUAACAUCCGCAGGAAUCAGUGGUGAGCGCAUAUGGAGUGACGAGAUUCCCAAACUUGCAUUUGAUUACCCAUUUUUGAUGCACGCGCUACUCGCAUUCAGCGCUACCCAUCUCUCGAGGAAAGAGCCCGGUUUGGAACAGCAUGUUGCAGCCCAUCGACUCGAUGCACUGAGGCUACUGCGGAAGGCAGUAUUAGAGAUUUCAGAGGAUAACACAGAUGCUUUGGUUGCAAGCGCGCUGAUUCUGAUUAUGGACUCGCUAGCCAAUGCAUCAUCGACAAGCUCGUCUGCUUCAGACUCUUUGGUGUCGUCCAUGUCUCCCUCUGCUUGGAUCUUUCAUGUUAAGGGAGCUGCCACAAUCUUGACUGCAGUAUGGCCAUUGACGGAAAAAUCUCGAUUCCAUAACCUUAUAUCUGUGGACCUGAGCGACCUGGGCGACAUUAUCAACCAGGAUAGUGGGACGGUAUCCGAGCUAGUUUGCUUUGACGAAAGUAUUUCGGACUUAUAUCCCGUGGAGAUCGAUUCUCCGUACCUCAUAACUUUGGCAUACCUCGAUAAGCUCCACCAUGAGAAAAAUCAAUCUGAUUUUAUUUUGCGAGUAUUUGCAUUUCCAGCUCUGCUGGACAAGACGUUUUUAGCGUUGCUUAUGACCGGCGACAUGGGUGCCAUGCGGAUCAUGCGAUGCUACUACCAGCUUUUGCGCGGCUUCGCCACGGAAGUGAAGGACAAAGUGUGGUUCCUGGAAGGCGUCACCCAAGUGCUGCCGCAAGACGUUGAUGAUUACAGCGGUGGCGGUAUGCAUAUGAUGUUAGACUUCCUGGGUGGUGGAUUACCAUCAAUGACCACUACUAACCUUCAGCCUGGACUUUCUGAUUUUAUGUAG